CUGUUUUAUGUUUCAUGUUUUGUGUGGACCCCAGGAAGAGUAGCUGCAGCUUUUGUAACAGCUAAUGGGGAUCCUAAUAAAAUACCAAGUGGUAGUGAGAGUAAGUGCUCUGUUUCGGUGUGCCUCAUUGUUAUUGUAGCGAGAUCAAAUCACUGGAAGAUCUCAGGGGUAUACUACAAAGCAGGAUCAAUGAGUUAGCCAGCUAACUUUGAUAAACAACCAGAAAUAACUAUUGAUUUUCUGGUUCAUUAAGAAGGCUAAACUGAGAUUUGUGUUUUUGGUUGUUGACUCAUUUAGACCAUGCCCAUUUCAAGCUUAAAUAAGAAGUUAUUUCAGAAUAUUAAGGCAAGUUAGCUUGCUAACUCAUUGAGCCUGCGCUGUAGUAUACCCCUCGUGUUGUACACAGACCUACUCAGAGAGAUGAACGCCACAAUAAAGGUGUGCUGAAUGACAUACAUUCAAAUCACUGUACACUGUUCAGUUGCUACAUUAUCACUUGGGUCCAGAGAUCUUCCUGACCACAUGAUCUGACAAGGCAAAACCUUUAAGAGCCCUAGUACUAGCCAGAGAUUACCUAUUAUAUUGGCACUAUCAUAGAGUUCUUCCUGGUUAUAGAGUAAUUGGAUUAGUUUAGUCAUGAUUGACCAUGUUCCACUAACUUACUGUAAGGAACACUACAGUCAGAAUGUAGUUAAAAUAUCACAUUAAAACAAUCGGUUAUUUUUGUUUUGUAAUACAGUACUAUUAUAUCAGUUCGAAGUUUGGGCCCUGAGAGUGAAAGCUUGAUCAUACACUGUGGUACGACCACAUUGUGAAUCACGAGAACAAUUCAAACUUUUAACCAAUUGAGGUUGGCAUGAUAAAAACCAAUCAGUGUGUCGUUGUUGGAGUCCACACAGAGUUGCGGGAACAACCAUGCAGGUCUGGUUAUUAAUAUAAAGAACAUAGUGUUUUUUGGGGACCCUUGAAAAGCAAGGUCGUCACCUCACUGUGAUGUCAUCGGUGUCUAUGCCCACAGAUGCUCUUCCAGUUUUUUAUUCCACACCUCAACACACCUGGCCAGUUUAGUUCUACUUCCUGUGAGUGCGUAGGAGGUCUCUGCAUCAUUUGUGGUUUUAAUUGUGGCUGUAUUUGAACUAAUAAAAAUGUCCUGCGGUAGCUGUCACUCCAAAACCAGCCCUAUUCACACUUUAUAAAGCCCAUAGGAAGUUAGAGAGAGCAAGGUGAGUCGACUGCAGUUGACUUCUGUGAAGGUGAUUGGCGUUCUUCUAUCUUUUUCUCUAUUUCAGGGACCUACCAAGCAUAACAUGUGAAGAGAACAUUGAUAAUUAGUUAUGGUUUGAUUAUUUGAAUGUAACUUUGUAGAACUCCUUUAUGGAUAAAACCAAAGAGAAAGAUGCUUUUUCCAGUUCAUCCUACUGAGUUGGACAAAAGGUAUUUCAUAGUCUUGUUUCUCUAUUCUAUUUGAGACAAACUCAUGAUGACUGCAUCAUCGUGUUGGCUGCCUUCGUGGUGGAGACCUGUGCUGCUCUUCUGCCAUUCUCCGCUGCUCAAGACAGCUGCAGUGCUAGAUGUGGUGAGCCAUUUGCUCGUGGCCAGCCCUGCCAGUGUGACACCAGCUGCCUCCCUCAUGACGAGUGCUGCAAGGACUUUGAGACUCUCUGCACUUCCGAUGCCAACAGUAACACAGACCUCUGCAGUGACCUGCCCAUCAACGGACUGACCACUCUGGCUAAUGGAACCAUUCUCAUCUUCAAGGGCGUGUGUAGAGCAUUGUAACAUCACAGAGGAGUUGGGCAUUCCAUCCCCUAUCGACAGUGCCUUCACCCGCACCAACUGCCAGGGCAAGAGCUACAUCAUGAAGGGUGAUGGCGACUGGAGGAUGGACAAUGGCAAGAUGGAGCCUGGUUACCCCAAAUCUGUUGCCUCUAGUUUUGAUGGUCUGACUGGCACCAUCACUGCAGCCCUGUCUGUGCCUGCUACCUGGAGAAGGCCUGAGUCUGUCUACUUCUUCAAGAAAGGAGGCACCAUGCAGAAAUACUCCUACCCUGCUAGAAGUAGUUCAGUCUGUGGCAAGAAAUCCAAGUCCAGUACCAAGAAACACCACGUUCGCCAAGCAGAGGUGCAUCUGGGAGGAGAGAUUAACAUCAAGCGGUCUCUGAAAGGCUUCCCCUCCUCAGUGACCUCAGCUGUGUCUGUCCCCAGCGCCAAGAAGGCUGACAGAUACAAAUACUUCCUCUUUGCUGGACCUAAGUCUCGGUCAAUGUAUUGUACAUCUGAUAUCUUGGUUAUAUCAUGGAAAUGGGGUUACUGCAGUUCAAAAGACAUCUACGUAAUGUACUGUAUACAUACACACUUAAGAAACGUAUCAUUCUUACGCUGAUGCUGCGUUUGACAUACGGUGUUCAAAACAUUAAGAACACCUGCUCUUUCCAUGACAGACUGACCAGGUGAUCCCUUGAGGUCACUUGUUAAACACACUUCAGUGUUUAUGAAGGGGAGGAGACAGGUUAGAGAAAAAUGUGUAAGCCUUGAGACAUUGUUAGUAUGUCCUAUUCAGACAUUGAAUGGGCAAGAUAAGAGAUUUAAGUGCCUUUGAACCACAGGUGGCCGUUGGCACAUUAGUUGGAGAGGAUAGGCUCACAGUAAUGGCUGGAAUGGAAUUAAUGGAAUCAAACAUGUUUUGACUUGGAGAAACAGAAUAUGCCAUGUGUAAAUGACCGGUCACUUAGGAUAAAAACAAAUACUAAAAAGUCAAAAUGCUAAUCUAAAAGCAAAUGGCAGCCCUGCCCUGGUAUUCUGUUGGAAAGGUAGUUAUUUAUAAUCUAUAUAGUAACAUUUUAGCACUACUUCAACAUCAAGAUAUCUGGUGACCUGCCUGCUCUGGCAAAACCAGACAACCCUGAUCCCCGCCAGAACUCCAUCAACUGGCUCAAGUGUGUCUAGAGCAACCCUAUGGAUGGACCACCGACAACGACAAACAUUUUAUUUUUCUCAAAGUUUAUUAGCAAAAACAAAAGCAAUGGAACAAUUACUCUUCUUGAAACAAAUACAAAACAACUAAAAUGUAUGGUAUCCACUGACACAAAGUUAGGGAAGAAGUCCAUCACAAAUUAGUUGAAUUUUUUAAGUAGACCAAGACACUGAUUGAUAGUUGGGACGAAGGGAGGGGGGUGGAGCAGUGCACAAUGGCAUCAUUAGCGGGGUAGGUUUCCUCUACCGAAGGGGCCUCUUCCUGCUCGAAGGAACCCCAUACCUUGAAUGGAGGAGGCGAAAAGAGACAAGUUCCAUCUUACCCAUCAUCCAAAAUGGCCACCCUAUGAAGCUUGUAACUGUUGUGCUGCUUUAGAUUGGGUCACUAUAGCUUCUUUGAAGAUUGUUUUGAUGUGCAUUGAAAUAAUUACCUCUAAACUGUCAGUGCUAAGCUCAAACAUAAGAUAAUACCAUACCUGGGGGGGCUUAAAUAGCUCUCGCAUGACAGCAACCCUGCUCCAACAAUACUUGCAGCACAUGUACUCCAACAUGCCAAACAAAAGUCUACAAUGUGUGCUUUAUGUCACCUACUUUCACUUGCUUAUCAAACUAAUAAAAACAA